UCCUUUCACUCACAAAUUUCCCUCUUCAAUAAUGCUUCUAAGAAGUCCAUCAACUCUAAUUCUCAAUCCAUGGAAACCCCAUUUCAAAGAAUCCUCCACGGAGACUGUGAUCCUCCACCAAUUUCCUAAAUCACGGCUCCUCACACUCUCUGCUUCUUCGAAAUUGUUGCCGGUGCCACACAUGAUUGGUCCGGGCAUUAAGAUGAAGAUGAUGGGAUUGUGCUGUGGUGUGGAUGACGUAGGGGAGAGUUCUGAUUGCGGUGCUGAAAUGGUCGGUGGUUUUGUUGAUGGUAAAUUCAACCGUGAUAGUUGCAAUGGCAAUGGCAAUGGCAAUGGUGGUGAUGGUGGUUGUUUUGGUUCUUGGGAUGGGGAUCAUACUGAAGAGGACAUGGCAGAAAUGCAUUUUCAGAGAAUGAUAAAGACGAACCCGAAGGAUUCGUUGUUACUAAGCAAUUAUGCUCAGUUCUUGAAGGAGGUUCGUGGAGAUCUUAUAAAAGCUGAAGAGUAUUGUGGAAGAGCAAUGUUAGCACGAGGCAAUAAUGGAAGUGUGAUAUCAAUGUAUGCCGAAUUGAUAUGGAGUAAUCAUAUGGAUGCCUCCCGAGCUGAAAGUUACCAUCUUCAAGCUACUAAAACUUCCCCUGAUAAUAGUUUUGUUUUUGCUGCUUAUGCACGGUUUCUUUGGGAAGUUGACAAAGAAGUACUCGACGGAGAAGCUCUAAUGGACAUCUUUGGUGGCAACCCAUUCUCAUCCCAGUCCUCCUCUAACUAAUAAUUCAUUCUUAGUUUCUCUCUUCAGUCAUACUUUUUUUCUUAGGUAGUUUUUCUUUAACUAUGAAAGCAUAUAUAAUGAUUUUUUUUCUUUGCCAAUUUGAUUCUCAAUUUGUUUAUGCUAUGCAAUAAACUAAGAAUCCCAAUUUUGCAAUGAAUCUUAAUCUUACUCUAAAG